UGAUUUCACUCCAUAAAUCCGGAGUUACAGUAUCUGAGAGGCUCAUAGUCAGGGGGUGUGUUGCCCUAAAAAAAGUAAAGGCACCGAGCAAUAUUCUGCUGCGUUGCUUGUCUAUGUUCAAAAAUCUAUCGCUUGUCUUCGAUAAAGCUUUUUGUGCGGAGAGCCAAAGCCGACUGUUGGGCUGAGAGCAUGGCAGCGGUGAGAUCCAGAGCAGGACUGAACACAAUACAGAUGAGCACAGAAGGGCAGGAGGGAAUGAGCUACAUGCAGUGUUGUGGGCAGGAAGGGGUGAGCGUGCAGAAGAAGCUUGGACCUGGGAUAGAGUGGUCUGAUGAUGUCAGCGCACAGCAAACAAACCUUCAAUCAUUCUCACAGUCUUCUGUUGUGGACUUACCUUACAGAAGUCCUGAGUCGGUGGAGAUGGAUGAGAUCAUGGCUGCAAUGGUGCUCACCAGUCUGUCCUGCAGUCCAGUGGUCCAAAGCCCCCCGCAGAGGGACCUCCUACCAGCUGACAUGGAGUGUUGUGGAGGUGAGCUGUCUGACAGCGGCAGCAGCGGUUACUGGAGCUGGGACCAUGGCAGUGUAAGCCCAGCCCCUUCUCCAUCGGUUACUGAGAUGGACAGGAGCUCGGGCCAACUGACAGACGAAGGGCUGCACAUGGAGCUGGACCAAGCCGCAUGUGAGGAGCCAGAGGCCAGGAGGUGCAAGAGCUUGAGCAGGGGAGCGUACAGGUGUCUGUGGCCUGUCUGCGGGAAAGUGCUGACUUCACGGGUUGGAAUGAAACGGCACAUUCGCAUUCUUCACCUGGGUGGGGGUUCAGAGCAGUCACAUAGGGAGGAAGACUUCUACUACACAGAGGUCUCCUCUGAAGAUGAGGAAACUGCACCUCCAUCUCCUGCUCCUUCCUUCUCAAGCGGGGCCUGGACGUCCUGCAGCUCCACCCAAAGCCAAUCCACCCCAGCACACCAAGAUGCUCCAUUCCAGUCAAGCCCACUCAGCCAAUCAGCUCCAAGCAGCGUGUGGCAGAUCCACACUGAACAUCUCUAUCAAGCCUGUGCGCCAAUUCAGGUGACAGUCUCUCCAGGCUCUCCCACCUUUUGUAGCUGGACCCCGCCUGGUGAUGUCCAGCAGAAACCUCAGAUUCCAACAUCUCGCAGCCGGUCAGUGAGCGUUGGAGAGCAGUGGCUACAGCGGAACAGCGCCCCCACCAGAUCACAGACCAUGAGUGCAUCUCCCUCCAGAGGGCACUGUUCAUUCAGGAAGGGCCGCGGUGAGGCCAAAAAGUGCCGGAAAGUGUACGGCGUGGAGCGCCGGGACCAAUGGUGCACCGCCUGCCGCUGGAAGAAAGCCUGUCAGCGGUUCCCAGACUAAACUGAAAGACUUUAGGAGACAAGGAAGAAUCCCCAUUUUCUUUCUUUCCUCCAACUAUUUCCUGCACUGUAGAGGAUCCCUCUUUUCACUUUUCUACCUUUUUUUUGUUUUCCUAUUAGAGUUAAAAGUGUUUUUGUUAUGAUUUCCCACAAAGUGAACGCUGGUACUAGCUGUUGAGACUGUGGAGUAGUAGGAUCCCAACCCCUUAAAGGUGAACUCUGCCCUCUUACAAGACUAAAGUGUAACCCUGUAUCUGAACAAGGUGUUUUUCUACCCCAGUCCUGCACUUCAAUCCAUACCUGAGAUAUUUAAGUGAUUGUUGAUUUUUGUAUACUGUGGACAAUGUAUUGCUUUGAGCAUUUUCAUGAUGUUUUUUCUAUUGCCGUUUUGUUAGCCUGAAAGGUGUAACAGUGUAAUGUCACGUAUUGUCUUUUUUUCUACGUAUUUACUCAGAAAUUAAGUCACAACUUUUGAGUUUCGCAAGGUUUGACUAUCGUUUGCCAUAGCGCUUCCUAAUCAAUCUAAACUGCCAGAUAUAAAGCUACAGUGGUGUUGAGUGGGAGAUGUGAAUGAUAUUGGCCACGUUGGUGGCCACAGUAUGUUGUCCGAUGGAGAUAAAAGUGCAGCUAUAACCUUUCGAUUGAAUACCAAAGUGCUAUUGCAAAGAGUUAAAGGGAGCUUGACUGAAUGCUGCCUGGACAAUAGAUCGGGCUCUUUUCCUUUUGUAAGUUUUUUGACAUCCUUCCGAAACGUGUUAAGGUCUUGUACAAUACUGGAUCAUCCCCUUGAAAACAUCUAAAAGGAUUUGAAAGCAUAACAUCACACUGAAAAAAGAUGUGUAAUUAAAAAGACACAAGAUAUAAUAUGCAAAUUUCAUAAGCUUGUCAUUUGUGCAUGACAAAUAACAAGAACAAUUGUAAAAUUAUUUUAUUGGCCUUUUGUGUGCAUUUCAUGUACAAGUGGAAAGGAUUAAAAGAAAAAACUUACUUUCCAAAAAUGCUUGCAGAAUGUGUUUGAAAUUAAAAGUAUUCACAAAGCCAAAAUGUCUACACAGACAAAAGCAUUAUUUACAGAAUACUGUAAAGUAUGCUGAAAGACUAUCUGCUAGUUCUUUCUUUACAUGUAGGGGGUGUCAGUUUUCAAAACCUUUUCUGUGACAUCCAAUGAGGGUGAAUCUGUCAAGCACUAAGAUGAUCUCAUUUGUAUGUUCAUGCACAAAUAAAUGCAGAAAGCUGGAA